AUGGCAGCCUCCCAACCCGUGAAGCCCCCGCUGGCCACCCAGAACACCCAGGCGCGAGGGCCACAGCCGGGCCUCCGCUACCCGACAAAUGGCAAGACCAUAUACCACCGACCUCUGAACCGUAGUCGCACGCAGGAGUUGAGCCAAGCGAGCUUUGCAUACCUGUUCGGGGAGAUGGUGAGUUAUGCACAGAAGCGCGUAACGGGGAUUCAGGAUCUGGAGAAGAGACUGAAUGUUCAAGGCCACCCCAUAGGCCUCAAACUCCUCGACCUCCUCCUCUACCGCGAACCCCCGCGAACCCAACUCCGUCCCCUCAACAUCAUCGCCCUCCUGCAAUUCAUCACCACCGUCCUCUGGAAGCACCUCUUCUCGCGACCAGCCGACGCCCUCGAGAAAUCCUCUAACCCAGAAACGCCCGACGAGUACAUGAUUUCCGAUAACGAGCCUGUUGUCAAUCAGUAUAUCAGUGUCCCGAAAGAAAUGAACCAGUUGAACUGCGCCGCGUUUGUGGCCGGUAUCGUGGAGGGCGUGUGCGAUGGCGCGGGUUUCCCAGCAAGGGUUACGGCGCAUAGUGUGGGUAAAGGGGAGGAAGGGGAGCUGUGGCCGGGCAAGACGGUGUUCCUGGUGAAGUUUCAACCAGAGGUCGUAGAGAGAGAGGCGUAUCUUGCGAAGAGCUGA